CGCACACACGAGGCCGGUGGCGCAUUAUGAGAACACACCUUUUCGAGACUCAACCAGGACAGGACUCAGUCGGCUUGUCUUCCUUUCAAACUUGAAAGAUAGCAUUCGUUAAGCCUAGGAAGCUACGACUUGACCAAGUAGACUAAAUCUCCUUGUGUUGAUUGACGGUUUGUUCGACGCCGGUUCCGGAGCGGAAGCACGCAUAAGGUGCGGAGCAGUAGCUGACUGUCCCCGCCGGCGACACGAGGAGGGCACCUAGUACCUGUCUAAACCUCGAAUAUUCACUUACACUUGACAACAUCUGAGGCAGGACGAACUUUCAACCUCUCCUGGAAUCACCACCAUGGGUCCCAGCAUCAGGUUAUCCACCCUGCUCCUCCUCCUCUGCGCUAUUUCACUCAUCUUUCUUCUGGUUGAUGCCAGGAAGAGGAAGAAGAGGAGAAAGAACCCAACGUGCUACGAACUGACCAUCCCAAACACAAUCCGGACUGGCUGUGCACCACCCUAUGUCAAGGGAGAGAUCUGUUAUUUUAGUUGUAAGCCCGGAUGCAGGACGGGUAAGGGGGCCGCUAGAAGGAAGUGCAAGGUCAGGCCAGCUCGAUGGGCUGGAGGAAAAGGAUUAAAGUGCAAUUGCCCAAGCCCCUGUACAGACUCCCCGCCAGACGUACCAAACACGAGCGAUAAUAAGAACUGCACGCCAACCACGUAUCCCUACCGAUCAGGAACUAUCUGCUACUACCACUGUAUCCCCGGGUACGUCGAUGUCUGGGGACAGGACUUUAAGCGAUGUGUGGAUGGACGGUGGAUAGGAAGUGAUCUCGUUUGUGACAGAGACGACUGUGCUGCUGUGGUCUGUCAAAAUGGCGGAACUUGCCACGACGGCGAAGACAGCUACACUUGUGAAUGUGCUGUUGGCUAUGAAGGAGAUCAUUGUGAAAGAGAUAUCGACGACUGUUCUUCUGUGAUUUGUCACAAUGGCGGAAUUUGCAUUGAUGGAGUCAACAGCUACAGAUGUCAUUGUGCUCCUGGCUAUGAAGGAGACCGUUGUGAAAUAAACAUCGACGACUGUUCUUCUGUAAUAUGUCAAAAUGGCGGAAUUUGCAUUGAUGGCGUCAACAGCUACAGGUGUCACUGUGCUCCUGGCUAUGAAGGAGAUCAUUGUGAAACAAACAUCGACGACUGUUAUUCUGGGAUAUGUCAAAAUGGCGGAACUUGCAUUGAUGACGUCAACAGCUACAGAUGUGAUUGCGCUUCUGGCUAUGAAGGAGAUCAUUGUCAGACAAACAUCGACGACUGCUCUUCUGUGAUCUGUCAAAAUGGUGGAAUUUGCAUUGAUGGAGUCAACAGCUACAGAUGUCAUUGUGCUCCUGGCUAUGAAGGAGAUCAUUGUGAAACAAGCAACGACCUCUGUUCUUCUGUCAUCUGUCAAAAUGGCGGUACUUGCAUUGACCAUGUCUUCAGAUAUAUCUGCAAUUGUGCUCUUGGCUUUGAAGGAGAUCACUGUGAAACAAACAUUGACGACUGUUCUCCUGGUAUUUGUCAGAAUGGUGGGAUUUGCAUUGACGGCGUCAACAGCUACAGCUGUAGAUGUACUCAUGGUUAUAGAGGAGACCAUUGUGAAUUACGCCCGGGACGCCCCUGUACACGCUCCCCGCCAGACGUACCAAAUACGAGCGAUGAUAAGACCUGCACGUCAACAAGGUUUCCCUACAGCGCGGGAACAAUCUGCUACUACCAAUGCAAUCCAGGCUAUGUCAACGUCAGUGGACAGGACUUUAAGGAAUGUGAAGAUGGACAAUGGAUGGGUGUUGAUCUUGUUUGCGACAUCGACGACUGUUCUUCUGUGAUAUGUGAAAAUGGCGGAACUUGUAUUGACGGCGUCGACACUUACAGCUGUGAUUGUGCUCCUGGCUAUUUCGGAGAUCAUUGUGAAAUAGUUGAUGGCGGCUGGUCUGACUGGAGCGCAUGGUACAGGGACUACUGUGCUUCUGUAAUAUUUCAAAUUGAGGGCACUUCUAUUGACGGCUCCAACAGCGAAAUCCACGACGCCAGCCAGUCCAGAUUGCAGCGACUUGAGCGAACACUGUCCGUACUGGGCGAGUAUUGGCGAAUGUGA